GGAGCCGGGCGGGGCGGCGGCGGCGGCGCGGGGACGCGCGCUGUCUCUUUAAGGGAGCUCGGUCUGGGGUGGCGCUUUCCUCCGCGAAGGCUCCUUUGAUAUUAAUAGUGUUGGUGUCUUGAAACUGACGUAAUGCGCGGAGACUGAGGUCCUGACAAGCGAUAACAUUUCUGAUAAAGACCCGAUCUCACUGCAAUCUCUAGCGUCCUCUUUUUUGGUGCUGCUGGUUUCUCCAGACCUCGCGUCCUCUCGAUUGCUCUCUCGCCUUCCUAUUUCUUUUUUUUUUUUUUAACAAAAAACAACACCCCCUCCCCUCUCCCACCCGGCACCGGGCACAUCCUUGCUCUAUUUCCUUUCUCUUUCUCUCUCUCUUUCUCUCUCUCUCUCUCUCUUUUUUAAUAAGGGUGGGGGAGGGAAAGGGGGGGAGGCAGGAAAGACCUUUUUCUCUCCCCCCCGCAAUAAUCCAAGAUCAACUCUGCAAACAACAGAAGACGGUUCAUGGCUUUGGCCGCCGCGCCACCAUCUUUCGGGCUGCCGAGGGUGUUCUUGACGAUUAAUCAACAGAUGUACAGAUCAGCUCUCAAAAUGUCUUCUGUGUCUUCUGAGCGUCUUCUAAGACAAUUGCAUUAGCCUCCUGCUAGUUGACUAAUAGAAUUAAUAAUUGUAAAAAGCACUCUAAAGCCACAUGCCUUAUGAAGUCAAUGCUGGGUAUGAUUUUACAAAUAUGGUCCGGAAAAAGAACCCCCCUCUGAGAAACGUUGCAAGUGAAGGCGAGGGCCAGAUCCUGGAGCCUAUAGGUACAGAAAGCAAGGUAUCUGGAAAGAACAAAGAAUUUUCUGCAGAUCAGAUGUCAGAAAAUACGGAUCAGAGUGAUGCUGCAGAACUAAAUCAUAAGGAGGAACAUAGCUUGCAUGUUCAAGAUCCAUCUUCUAGCAGUAAGAAGGACUUGAAAAGCGCAGUUCUGAGUGAGAAGGCUGGCUUCAAUUAUGAAAGCCCCAGUAAGGGAGGAAACUUUCCCUCCUUUCCGCAUGAUGAGGUGACAGACAGAAAUAUGUUGGCUUUCUCAUCUCCAGCUGCUGGGGGAGUCUGUGAGCCCUUGAAGUCUCCUCAAAGAGCAGAGGCAGAUGACCCUCAAGAUAUGGCCUGCACCCCCUCAGGGGACUCAGUGGAGACAAAGGAAGAUCAGAAGAUGUCACCGAAGGCUACGGAGGAAACAGGGCAAGCACAGAGUGGUCAAGCCAAUUGUCAAGGUUUGAGCCCAGUUUCAGUGGCCUCAAAAAACCCACAAGUGCCUUCAGAUGGGGGUGUAAGACUGAAUAAAUCCAAAACUGACUUACUGGUGAAUGACAACCCAGACCCGGCACCUCUGUCUCCAGAGCUUCAGGACUUUAAAUGCAAUAUCUGUGGAUAUGGUUACUACGGCAACGACCCCACAGAUCUGAUUAAGCACUUCCGAAAGUAUCACUUAGGACUGCAUAACCGCACCAGGCAAGAUGCUGAGCUGGACAGCAAAAUCUUGGCCCUUCAUAACAUGGUGCAGUUCAGCCAUUCCAAAGACUUCCAGAAGGUCAACCGUUCCGUGUUUUCUGGUGUGCUGCAGGACAUCAAUUCUUCAAGGCCUGUUUUACUAAAUGGGACCUAUGAUGUGCAGGUGACUUCCGGUGGAACAUUCAUUGGCAUUGGACGGAAAACACCAGAUUGCCAAGGGAACACCAAGUAUUUCCGCUGUAAAUUCUGCAAUUUCACUUAUAUGGGCAACUCAUCCACCGAACUAGAACAACAUUUUCUUCAGACUCACCCAAACAAAAUAAAAGCUUCUCUCCCCUCCUCUGAGGUUGCAAAACCUUCAGAGAAAAACUCUAACAAGUCCAUCCCUGCACUUCGAUCCAGUGAUUCUGGAGACUUGGGAAAAUGGCAGGACAAGAUAACAGUCAAAGCAGGAGAUGACACUCCUGUUGGGUACUCAGUGCCCAUAAAGCCCCUCGAUUCCUCUAGACAAAAUGGUACAGAGGCCACCAGUUACUACUGGUGUAAAUUUUGUAGUUUCAGCUGUGAGUCAUCUAGCUCACUUAAACUGCUAGAACAUUAUGGCAAGCAGCACGGAGCAGUGCAGUCAGGCGGCCUUAAUCCAGAGUUGAAUGAUAAGCUUUCCAGGGGCUCUGUCAUUAAUCAGAAUGAUCUAGCCAAAAGUUCAGAAGGAGAGACAAUGACCAAGACAGACAAGAGCUCGAGUGGGGCUAAAAAGAAGGACUUCUCCAGCAAGGGAGCCGAGGAUAAUAUGGUAACGAGCUAUAAUUGUCAGUUCUGUGACUUCCGAUAUUCCAAAAGCCAUGGCCCUGAUGUAAUUGUAGUGGGGCCACUUCUCCGUCAUUAUCAACAGCUCCAUAACAUUCACAAGUGUACCAUUAAACACUGUCCAUUCUGUCCCAGAGGACUUUGCAGCCCAGAAAAGCACCUUGGAGAAAUUACUUACCCGUUUGCUUGUAGAAAAAGUAAUUGUUCCCACUGUGCACUCUUGCUUCUGCACUUGUCUCCUGGGGCAGCUGGAAGCUCGCGAGUCAAACAUCAGUGCCAUCAGUGUUCAUUCACCACCCCUGACGUAGAUGUACUCCUCUUUCACUAUGAGAGUGUGCAUGAGUCCCAAGCAUCGGAUGUCAAACAAGAAGCAAAUCACCUGCAAGGAUCGGAUGGGCAGCAGUCUGUCAAGGAAAGCAAAGAACACUCAUGUACCAAAUGUGAUUUUAUUACCCAAGUGGAAGAAGAGAUUUCCCGACACUACAGGAGAGCACACAGCUGCUACAAAUGCCGUCAGUGCAGUUUUACAGCUGCCGAUACUCAGUCACUACUGGAGCACUUCAACACUGUUCACUGCCAGGAACAGGACAUCACUACAGCCAACGGCGAAGAGGACGGUCAUGCCAUAUCCACCAUCAAAGAGGAGCCCAAAAUUGACUUCAGGGUCUACAAUCUGCUAACUCCAGACUCUAAAAUGGGAGAGCCAGUUUCUGAGAGUGUGGUGAAGAGAGAGAAGCUGGAAGAGAAGGACGGGCUCAAAGAGAAAGUUUGGACCGAGAGUUCCAGUGAUGACCUUCGCAAUGUGACUUGGAGAGGGGCAGACAUCCUGCGGGGGAGUCCGUCAUACACCCAAGCAAGCCUGGGGCUGCUGACGCCUGUGUCUGGCACCCAAGAGCAGACAAAGACUCUAAGGGAUAGUCCCAAUGUGGAAGCCGCCCAUCUGGCGCGACCUAUUUAUGGCUUGGCUGUGGAAACCAAGGGAUUCCUGCAGGGGGCGCCAGCUGGCGGAGAGAAGUCUGGGGCCCUCCCCCAGCAGUAUCCUGCAUCGGGAGAAAACAAGUCCAAGGAUGAAUCCCAGUCCCUGUUACGGAGGCGUAGAGGCUCCGGUGUUUUUUGUGCCAAUUGCCUGACCACAAAGACCUCUCUCUGGCGAAAGAAUGCAAAUGGCGGAUAUGUAUGCAACGCGUGUGGCCUCUACCAGAAGCUUCACUCGACUCCCAGGCCUUUAAACAUCAUUAAACAAAACAACGGUGAGCAGAUUAUUAGGAGGAGAACAAGAAAGCGCCUUAACCCAGAGGCACUUCAGGCUGAGCAGCUCAACAAACAGCAGAGGGGCAGCAAUGAGGAGCAAGUCAAUGGAAGCCCGUUAGAGAGGAGGUCAGAAGAUCAUCUAACUGAAAGUCACCAGAGAGAAAUUCCGCUCCCCAGCCUAAGUAAAUACGAAGCCCAGGGUUCAUUGACUAAAAGCCAUUCUGCUCAGCAGCCAGUCCUGGUCAGCCAAACUCUGGAUAUUCACAAAAGGAUGCAACCUUUGCACAUUCAGAUAAAAAGUCCUCAGGAAAGUACUGGAGAUCCAGGAAAUAGUUCAUCCGUAUCUGAAGGGAAAGGAAGUUCUGAGAGAGGCAGUCCUAUAGAAAAGUACAUGAGACCUGCGAAACACCCAAAUUAUUCACCACCAGGCAGCCCUAUUGAAAAGUACCAGUACCCACUUUUUGGACUUCCCUUUGUACAUAAUGACUUCCAGAGUGAAGCUGAUUGGCUGCGGUUCUGGAGUAAAUAUAAGCUCUCCGUUCCUGGGAAUCCGCACUACUUGAGUCACGUGCCUGGCCUACCAAAUCCUUGCCAAAACUAUGUGCCUUAUCCCACCUUCAAUCUGCCUCCUCAUUUUUCAGCUGUUGGAUCAGACAAUGACAUUCCUCUAGAUUUGGCGAUCAAGCAUUCCAGACCUGGGCCAACUGCAAACGGUGCCUCCAAGGAGAAAACGAAGGCACCACCAAAUGUAAAAAAUGAAGGUCCCUUGAAUGUAGUAAAAACAGAGAAAGUUGAUAGAAGUACUCAAGAUGAACUUUCAACAAAAUGUGUGCACUGUGGCAUUGUCUUUCUGGAUGAAGUGAUGUAUGCUUUGCAUAUGAGUUGCCAUGGUGACAGUGGACCUUUCCAGUGCAGCAUAUGCCAGCAUCUUUGCACGGACAAAUAUGACUUCACAACACAUAUCCAGAGGGGCCUGCAUAGGAACAAUGCACAAGUGGAAAAAAAUGGAAAACCUAAAGAGUAAAACCUUAGCACUUAGCACAAUUAAAUAGAAAUAGGUUUUCUUGAUGGGAAUUCAAUAGCUUGUAAUGUCUUAUGAAGACCUAUUAAAAAAAUACUUCAUAGAGCCUGCCUUAUCCAACAUGAAAUUCCCUUCUUUUAUUAUUCUUUCUUUUGAUGAGUAGGUUACCAAGAUUAAAAAGUGAGAUAAAUGGUCAAUGAGAAAGAAUGGAAGAUGGUAAACAAUCACUUUUUAAAACCUGUUAAGUCAAAACCAUCUCGGCUAAUAUGUACUGGGGAAAUAAUCCAUAAGAGAUAUCACCAGACUAGAAUUAAUAUAUUUAUAAAGAAAGAGACCAAAACUGUCUAGAAUUUGAAAGGUUUUACAUAUUAUUAUACUAAAGCAGUACUGGACUGGCCAUUGGACCAUUUGUUCCAAAACCCAUAAAUUGUUGCCUAAAUUUAUAAUGAUCAUGAAACCCUAGGCAGAGGAGGAGAAAUUGAAGGUCCAGGGCAAUGAAAGAAAAAUGGCGCCCUCUCAAUUUAGUCUUCUCUCAUUGGCCAUGUUUCAGAUUUUGACCUAGAAAUGCGAGCUGUGGUUAGGCUUGGUUAGAGUGCAGCAAGAAACAUGACAGAUGGUGGCACGCUGUUUUUAGCCAGCCCUGCCUGUACAUACACAUGCACACCCUCUCUGAUAUUUUUGUCCUUUAGAUGUUCAAAUACUCAGUAGUCCUUUUGUUUGCGGUUUAGAUUCAUUUUGUCCACACAUGUACCCAUUUUAAAAAACGAUGUCCUCGAUGCUUCUGUAGUGAUUUCAUUUUAGCCAGGUAUUUCUUUCUUGUGUGUGAUGAACCAGUAUGGAUUUGCUUUUCUAAGCCUCCUGUUGGUUACUAAUCUCACUUGGCACAUUAUAACUAAAGGAAUCCCCUCAAUUCAAAAGCAUAGAUGGAUACAAAUGUCAGACCAUGGGUUUAAUUUGUUUAGAACACAUGGCAUUUCUUCACAAGGUAACCUGCUGUAUUUAUUUAUUUUCUUUUGGUUAAAUAUAAUUUCCAAACUUUGUGGUCAGGCAGCGUCUAAGGUUACGUUACCACAGACUGACAGUUGGUAUAUGUACCAGCCAAUCCCUUCGUUAAAUGUAUACAGAUUUAGUUAAGUAGCAUUAAAUAGGAUUCUUAGAAGUAUGUCCUCAUAGAACUUUUAAUACUUAAGGCUUUGUAAAAACUAUCCAUGAAGGGAAAGCUCCUCAGCAUAACUGCUCAGGGAAAUAGGGCUAAAUAACUGAACAUUAAAUAAUUGGUUAAAGGUGCUGUUAGUCGAGCCUCAAUGCUUGCUACAAGGAUGUAUGUACAAGGACUGACUUUAAUAAUUUGCAUUAUAUUGUCCCAACCAGUAGUUUAUUUUUUGCCACGGAGAUGUAGAAGAUAUUACAAGCUACUGGAUGCACUGUCAGAUUAACUUAUUUCAUUAAAGAAGUUGGGAGAACAAAUAGGAAAAAAAAAACUUAUUUUUCUAGUAAAUAUUAAUGUAUUACAUUUCAAAUAAUGGUGCCUGACAUAUUGAAUAAUUAUUUUCUACAGUGUACGUAUGCAACAAAGAUAUUCCAUCAUGCAUUAGAGUCAGUUCUGGCUCUGCCUAGCUGUUUACAUUUGCAAAUGUAGCAAACAAGGUAAUGAAGCAACUAUUUCUAUUGCAGUAGAUAUCCUUUUGUGUGUGUGUGUGUGUGCAUUAAAGUUGUAAACGGUAACAUGAAACAAAUGAAAGUUCUUGCUAUAAUGGUAUGGAAAACAAGAAGGAAAUGAAAAUAUUUUUAUGCCUACUUAGGAAAAAAAGGGUAGCACUAUUCAUUCCAAGUACUUUUUUUUUUUUAAUUUUUAAGCUCUUAACUCACAUUGUUAUGCUUAAGACGAUAAACAUAUAUCCUCUUUUUAUUGCUUUGUCUAUGUUUCAUAUGAAACAUUUCAGAAAUUAUUUUGAUAAGUGUUGCUGGAAUCUGCAACGCUGAUGUUUUUAUUGCAUUCUGUAGUCGCAUUUGCACUCCAUUUUUACAUUAAUUCGCAGUUGCUUUGUAUCAUUGUUUUGUUUGGGUUUUGUUUCUUUUUCACAGUGCCGGGUCUUCGUUUCUUAAAGUUGGAUGGCAGGUAGAGUUCAACCAGUUCGUGACUGUUGUAGCGAAUGAAGUUAAAAAAAUGUCUUUCUGAUGUUGUGUUGUCAUUUUCAUUCUUGCAUUUUUUUGUUUGCAUAUUAAAAAAAGAGAAAAGAGAAAGCAAGAGACAGAAAUCAGGACUAAGUCCUCUGCUUCAGUUUCAUUGUUAACGGGCCUUAUUCUGAUCUCACCUGUCGCGUAGCUCUAAUAUUCACAUAAACUGAAAUAAAGAAGUGGAAUGAGGAGCUUUGACAUUCAAA